AUGACUCUCAAUCUCGCUAAAGUGAGCAAUGUCUACUUCGAGAAGCUCUUUGCUGUUCAGCGAAAUGAACUGAGCACAAACUCGGAGAUUAAAGCCAAAGUUUUGUUGGUAGACAAAUUCACCACACCCAUAAUCUCUAUGUGCUAUACGCAAUCGCAAUUGCUCCAGAACGAUAUCAUUUUGAUAGAGUUAAUCGAAAACCAAAGCACGCUCAAUGUCAUGAAGCAUCUAAAUUGUAUCGUCUAUAUAAAACCGACACGAGAAUCGAUCCAGAGUUUGAUCAAGGAAUUGAACAAUCCUCAUUUCAGCAAGUAUCAGUUGUUCUUGAACAAUACCAUUAGCAAAGGAGAGCUUGAACGUUUGGCUGAAGCAGAUGAAUUUGAAGUCAUCAAUCAGGUGACUGAGAUUUUCCAAGACUACCUAAUUUUGAACGACAACUUGUUCACGAUCAACGUCAGCGAGCCCAUAGCCAAUGCCAUUAAUCCAGUCGUAGAAGAAUCUAAUAGUCUUGUCAGUUUGUUACUUUCCUUGAAGAAAUGUCCCAUUAUUAAAUAUGAGUCCAAUUCCUUGGAACUUAAACGUUUGAGCUCAGAAAUCUUGUAUAAUAUCAAUUCCAAUUCCAACAACAACCUCUUUGACGACUUGAAUCGCAAGUCGGAUAGACCCCCCUUAUUGCUUUUACUAGACCGUAAGAAUGAUCCCAUUACGCCAUUGAUAACGCCAUGGACGUACCAGUCUAUGAUCCACGAAUUCUUAGGCAUCAAAAAGAAUAUUGUAGCCUUGACAGAGUCGAAGGAGCAGGUGACUUUGAACGAGUCGCAGGAUAAGUUCUACAGGGAGUCCAUGUACUUAAACUACGGAGACUUGACUGAAAAAUUCCAAAAAUACGUAGAAGAGUAUAAAAAAGAAACUAAACAGUCGUCUCUUGAAAACCUCAAGACGCAGAAUUUAUCAGAGUUGAAAAAGAUGUUAACCAAAUUCCCUGAGUUCAAGAAGUUGUCCAACAAUAUCCUUAAACAUUUAAACUUGAUUAGUGAAAUCGACAAGGAAAUCUCUAUACAAAACUUAUGGGAGAUUGGUGAAUUACAGCAGACCAUUAUUUGUGAACUUGACACCCACCAAGCUAUCAGGCAGAAGUUGACGGAAAUCUUGGACAAUCCAAAGGUGUCUACGACUAACAAAAUCAAAUUGGUAUUGUUGUAUUCGAUCAGAUUUCACAACACAAGCGAAUUGCAAAACUUCAUUGGCAAAUUGAACAAUCCGUUGGUCACUGAUCCUUUGCCCACGUUAUCGCAAAUUGCGUUAUUAAAAAAGUUCAAGACUCUUUUCAAUUCCAACUUCACCACUUCAACUAGCGGCCAGAAUAAUAGCAACAAUCUUGGAAAUAUCUUCCAAAACAAGAAGAUCAAUAUCAACAGCUUUUUCAACCAAAACAAGUCGAAUGACCCCAAAACUGAUAAUAUCUAUUUGCAAUAUACCCCGCGCUUGAAUGAAGUAUUGAACUCUUUGCUCACCACUACACAACUGGAAUCUGCCAUAGCCAUCAAAUCAUCCUUAUCCACUCUUAUUCCAGAUGCUGUCAGUUCCCAAUAUGGCAAUAAUAUCCAGAAUGAACCUGUUCAAGAUGUGAUCAUCUACGUAAAAGGUGGUGUAACUUUCGAGGAGGCAAGAUUGGUGUUUGAAUUGAGUGAAAGCAACAAGAAAAUCAACCUUGUCAUUGGUGGAGACAAUGUUCUCAAUAGUGAGAUGUGGAUGAAAGAGUUGUAUGAUCGCGUAAAUGACUCGGAAAUUCCUGGUACUGACCCGGCUACCGAUAGAAGAAAGCAACUUCGAGAGAUUCUAUGA